AUGCGUUGGACGGACUUGUUUGUUGUUCUCGUCCAAUGUUUACUCUUCUCGCGGGCGAGAUCAGCUAGGAUUCCAAAAUCGCCAGCCUUCACGGUGCUGUUGGAUAAUACUCUAGAACCGGACGCUGUGCAGUCUAGGCCUUCCUAUCUGUUGCUGCGCGAAACACACACGCAAGAGCGAGCCGCUGCGGCCUGUAGCACACUGGGGGAGGCUCUGGCAACUGUCAAAGAAGUCCCCUUCUUCCAGCCAUUGCUCUUGUUGUACCCCAGCGCUGAGCAUGAGAAGCUAUCUUCUCCCAUGUGGCUGGCAGAAAAUGGCGGGGCCUGCACAGCAUACAGUCUACAAGAGAAUCAUACUUCGAGCGUCGAAUGCACCAGUCGCCUUCGCGCUCUUUGCACCAAUACUGCAGAAUAUCAGGCUGGCGUCAGUCCCCCGUCUACUGAUCGCCAUGUAUUCGUUGAUACAUCUCAAGGCCUUAUUAAAGGGUUCAGAGACCGCUUGACGGCACGAUUCCAGGGAAUCCCCUAUGCGAAACCUCCGGUAGGCGAGCGUCGGCUGAAGAACCCAGAAAGACUACACAGCUUUCCCGGACAAGAUAAGGAAGUGGCAUAUGAUGCUACGAGGUUCAGAGCACUCUGUCCAGUACGCUGCCCGAUCUAUAGUCCAACAAGCGCACGUAACAUGACCCCGAACGCUACACCGGACCUCCAAAACCCACAUUACCGCAUAUCCGAAGAUUGCCUGUAUCUCAAUGUUUACACCCCAAUGAUCCCUGAAAGCCGGACUCCGGACUUGCUACCUGUGGUGUUUUGGAUUCAUGGGGGCUCGAAUUAUUACGGCGGCUCAUCCCUACCUUUUUAUCUUGGGAUGAACCUUGCAUCUCGCGGACCAGUGGUGGUAGUCUCCCUAAACUACCGCCUUGGUGCUCUGGGAUUUCUCUCUGAUCCAUCCAAGUCGCCAGAUAUUGGAAGUAACCAAGCUAUGCGUGACCAACUGAUGGCUCUGGACUGGGUUCGGGAGCACAUCAAAUCAUUUGGUGGCGAUCCCGAGCGAGUAACGAUUUUUGGGGAAUCCUCGGGAGGCAGUGCGGUGAUGUCUCUCCUCCAGACAGCCUCUGCAGAAGGCCUGUUUGCCCGGGCCAUUGUUCAGUCUGGAAGUACGUGGUCUGGCUGGCAACGGCCCCACGUGCAGGCCGGUCUCACGCGAAUGUUCCUGGAUCUGGCCGGUUGCGACGACCUGACUUGCGUGAAAAACAACCGGACGAUGGGAGAGAUCCUAGAAUACCAGAACCUGCUGUUCUCCAAGGCUCAAGGCACGUUUCCUCGCGGGGAGGUCAACUUUAUCGAGCCAUUUCGGCCAUUCAUUGACCAUGAUCUGAUCACGGAGGAUUGGGUCACUGCACUGGAGAACGGUCGUUAUCAGAAGGUGCCAACACUUGUCACGUACACCCGAGAUGAGUUCGGAUUGAUUGUACAGGCCAAUGAGACAUUGAAGAAUGAACGGACAAGUUACUCCACAGCAGUUGAGUUUCUGGCCACAUUCCUUUUGGGUGAGGAGCGCACCAGGCAAGUGUUGGAUACCCCAGAGUUAGGGUUCAACCGGUCAUUGGUUAAUGCGCCUGAUGUUACCGACCCGUUCAUCCAAUUGACUACGGAUUUGGGUUACCGAUGUAGCAGCGAGAUCUAUGCGGGGCUUCUGGAGAGGCAUAACCGCGACGUAUGGGAAGUAUCGUGGGAUAUCGGUCUGCCGCAAUUUCUCGGGGGAUUGAUCUGUGGCACUGGCACAAAGCGUGCUUGUCAUGCCGCUGAGCUCCCCAUCCUUUUUGGCUCAGCCAAUUACGCCAAUAUCAGCAGCAGUGCGCUCGCCUCCGUCAAUUACUUCCAGCAAGCUCGGAACACGAUUGAUCUCUACAGCAACUUCGCGCAUGAUGGCGAGUUGAGCAUCAAUGCGACCUACUAUUCACGGCGUGAUGGCAACACAGUCCGCAAUGUUCUUCAUUGGAACGAUACGCCCGCGUCAACACGUGGGGGUGUCCACUGGGAUAUCUGUCAGAAGAUGGAGGAGAUGAACCUGUAUGAUCGGUUGUAUUACCCGUAUCUCCCUGUUGUGGAUCACACGAUUACAAGGGAAGGUCCCGGUUCUUUGCAGUAUCCCAUGGUAGCUAGAGACUUUGAUUGA